AUGGUGCGGAUCCUGGCCAAUGGGGAAAUUGUGCAAGACGAUGACCCCCGAGUGAGGACCAGUGUCCCGGCGGCGGCGGUGAGGGGUGGCAGUCCCUGGCAGAGCUUUCUCAACAGGGGCCACGGUGCGCCCCCAGGGGGUCCUGGUCCCCGCAAGCAGCAGGCAGGUGCCAGGCUGGGAGCUGCCCAGUCCCCGUUCAAUGACCUCAACCGGCAGCUGGUGCACAUGGGCUUCCCACAGGGGCAUCUCGGCAACCACACCGUGGAGCCGGUGACCUCCAUCCUGCUCCUCUUCCUGCUCAUGAUGCUCCGCGUGCGUGGCCUCCUGCUGGUGGGCCUGGUCUACCUGCUGUCCCACCUGAGUCAUUGGUGA